UGCAGGUUCCACUCCUGUGGUUCCUCUGGGUUCGUUCCGUCCUGACCGCGCUGUAAGAUGGCUGAGGACAUUCUGCUGUACUGGGCCUCCGGGUCUCCUCCCUGCUGGAGGGUGAUGAUCGCCCUGGAGGAGAAGAACCUGCACGGGUACAAAAGCAAACUGCUCUCCUUCGACAAGAAGGAGCACAAGGGUCCGGAGGUGCUGGCGCUGAACCCCCGGGGGCAGGUCCCCACAUUCAAGCAUGGAGACAUUGUGGUGAAUGAAUCUGUUGCUGCCUGCCUGUACCUGGAGAGUCGUUUUAAAUCUCAGGGUUCUCAGCUGAUGCCGGACAGUGUGACUGAGCAGGCUCUGGUUCUGCAGAGAACGUUUGAGUCCAGCUCAAUGCAGCAGAGAAUGUAUGAAGCUGUGUUCUAUGACUUCUUCGUUCCGGAGGGUGAGAGACACGAGUCAGCUCAGAAGAGGCAUAAGGAGGCUCUGAGCACCGAGCUGAAGCUGUGGGAGAGCUACCUGCAGAAGCUGGAUAAAGGAUCGUAUCUGGCUGGGAAGAGUUUCUCGAUGGCUGAUGUUGUGUGUUUCCCCUACAUCGCCUUCCUCGUCCGGUUCGGGCUGAACACAGAGCGCUACCCCAGGCUGGGGGAGUAUUACGAGCUGGUGAAGGAGCGCCCCAGCGUUAAAGCCUCAUGGCCUCCACACUGGCUGGAGAACCCUCAGAACCAGGACACCAUCAAGGACCUGUGAGGAACCUGUGAGGAACCCAACACUCACAGAGCAGGAGCCACCGGUCAUCCUACCGUCCAAUGAGGAAACAUUAAGGCUCACUAAUACAGAUUUUUGGGCUUUUCAUGUAUUUUGGGUAAUAAUAACUACAGACACAAUAAGAAUUAGUGUGAAUUAAUGCCAUUUAGAGCUAAAACGUAGUUCUCACCCUCAGACGCCAUCAGAUGAGCUUUAGAUGAGGAAACCGACUUUCUGCUCAUGUUUGAUGUUCACUGAUGUACACUGUAAAAAACUGUGCAGCUAUUAAACUUAAAGUAAAACCUGAUUAACGUGAAAUUGAGUUUAUUAAACGUCAAAUAAUAAGUUAACAAAUUUAAAACGUUAUUACUCUGUUAACUUAAUAUUACACGUUUAAUGAGCUCCAGAUGGGAAGUUGAACCUGUUUACCAUUUUUUUUAAGUUUAAAGCUGCAUAAAUUUUUUACAGUGUAGUUUUUCAAAAUAAUAACUACACCAUAUUUUUGUACAUCAAAUACAACAAUAUCUAAUCUAACACCAUCUAACGAGCCUCGUAUGAGAACUUUAAUCUUCCGUUGUUUUUUUAUCUUCACUAAAGCACCUUUUUUGGCCUUCUUUGAAUUUUUGCUACUAAUAACUGCACUAAAAACCAGAUUAGACUUUAAACGAGUGUUAAUCUGAUCCCGACCGUGUGCACUUAAACCCCAGACCCGCUGCCUUUAACCUGAGAGUAAUGUGACCUGGUAUGUGUGUGUAAUCUGUCUUUAGUGAUUGUAUCUGUUCCAGUUCCUGUCUGUCACUGUGAGCACGUUAAUAAAAGUUCUCCCUUUACAGCCGA